AUUCCAGAAGCUGUGUGUCCAUUUCUGCAUUCUCUCUCUUCUUUUAUACGCAAGAAAGGGUGACUUGAUAAAUACUCAAUAAUAUUGGCAUAUAGAAACACUAUAUAUUCAUAAAAUUUGUACUACUAUUCAUAUAUAGCAUACAUUAUAGCAGUAGAGAAAAAUAAGGCCCUUGUUUGUUACGACGCAUCAUGAUCCAGCAAGAAAAUCAAUACUUGGCUUCUUCCUUGCCUACUCUUCCACGGUUAGAUCGACUUGAUCAUCUCCUGCAGCUUCUGGAAGAGAAACAUGGCAUUUCAGGAAGAAGACAUUCUCCCAAUAAGAAAGCGGAAGUACAAUUAGAGGAUCAGUGCAAGACUCUGACUCUGUCCUCUGCUCUGGAACAAGUUCAUCACAAAGGCACACUCAUGGAGCGACUUUCCGUCCUUGAGACUCGAGUUUUGCAGUUAAGCCAGAUAAGCCAAGAUAUGGAUGAAGGGAACUUGUCAAGGUCGAGCUCAUCAACAGGUCCACUUUCUUUCUCUGAUAAGUCAGGGCAUACUUCAGUUACGUCUACAGUACUUACAGGUCAGGACGAGGACGAAAAAGCAAAUCUCCAUGAGAAGAUCAAAGACCCUCUUGCAGUUGCAGUUGAGGAAAAAGACUUGUCAAUUGAAGGAUCUUUGACAAAAAAGAAAGAACAAAGUACUAACAUGAGUAGGAUUAAGAGAAGGAAAUCCCACAGAAAAUGGCCUGGCUGGCUCCGGCUACGAUGCUGAACUGCGAUAUGUGAAAUGUUUAGAACCUUUGUUUAUCGUAACCUUACGCAUGUUGGUUUCCAGGAUCACUCUUUUUCGUUUGUAUCUUUUUUAAAGUACUUUGAAAAAGUACAAGAAUGGAUUUGUUCACUCACAAAGUUUAAGUGUGUAACUGUAAAUUCGGUGUAAGUUUAGGGUGAAUUAUGUAUCAACCCAACACGUUUAAGAUGUCUUAGCUCCAUUGCAAGAUA